AUGGACCCGGAAACAGAGCCCGCAGAGCUGAAGUGGUCCGCUCAAUACGAACUCGCUCAUGCGACGCGAAGCACGCUACCCGGCGACAAACUACUCCUUCCCCCAUCAGCGUUAGAGCAGCUCCUUGCCGCAGCACCUGUCGUUCACGUCGACGCGAAUCGACCGCACAUCACCGCUUUCGAUCCUUUCAACCCAUACACCUUCAACGCCGAGCGCCACGCACGAGCACAAACGCAGGACCGCUUCCAGCAGCUGCCCCAUCCGCUUACAUUUCGCUUGGUCAACCCAGAUAAUGGCAGAGUUGUAUACGCGGGGAUACGCGAGUUCUCCGCAGAAGAGGGCGAAGUUGUACUGAGCAGUUUUCUGAAAGAGGCAUUGGGAAUCAAGGAACAAUCUGCGGAGCCUUCUAGGAAUGCCAGCCCAAAUGGUCAGGAUGAAGAUGACGUGGCUAUGUCGAAUGGAGCAAUUCCCCUCGGAACAGAAGGCGCUGCGUCUACGAAGAUCACAGUACAUGCUAAGCAAUUACCCAAGGGCACUUUCGUAAAGCUACGGCCUCUCGAAGCUGGUUAUGACCCGGAGGAUUGGAAGUCGCUACUGGAGGAACAUCUACGGUCCAAUUUUACAACCUUGACGAACGGAGAGGUCCUGGCUAUAAAUGGUGGUCGAGGAGUUGAUGGCAAGCGCGAGGAGUUUCGCUUCCUUGUAGACGGCUUCAAGCCCGAAGGAGAUGGCAUUUGCGUAGUAGAUACGGAUCUGGAGGUGGAUAUCGAAGCGUUGAAUGAAGAGCAGGCACGCGAGACGAUGAAGAGGAUAGCUGCCAAGAUGCACCGCGCGCCUGGAACAUCACAAGGCAGUUCCACCGGCGGCGCAGUCGACAUAUUCAACGCGCAACCUGGACAAGUGCUUGACGGCGAGUACGUCGACUACGAAUUGACAUCCUGGGACAGAUCUCAGGGGCUGGAAAUCCUUCUAGACGAAGUAGAAGACGGGGAUGAGAUCGACCUGUAUGUCAGUCCGUACUCUUCACGACAAAGAGUUCGCCCACGAGAAGAGGAGCAUGUUUUUGCGAAUAUAAGAAGUCAAUAUCCGAAACGCAUACGACUUCAGCCUACAAACAUCGAGCUUGACGAUGCGGAAGCUGUAUGGAUCUCAGUUCAUGCAUACCCAUCUGAGUCACCCUCAAGCACGCCCAAACCCUUCCGUCUGAAGGUGUCGAUUUUCGACCCCAAGACAGAAGGGAUGGAUGGGCUGGACGAGGCCCUUGAGAAUGCCAAAGCGGUGGGACCGGACGAAGUGAUCUGCAAAAACUGCCAACAAGUAGUUCCUAAAGGCUCACUAUUCUUGCACGAGAACUUCUGUCUAAGAAACAACAUCCUUUGCCCCCAAGGCUGUGGUCAAGUCUUCCAGAAGCGCUCGCCGGCUUUCCAGAACCAUUGGCAUUGUCCACACGAUACUUUCAGCGGAAACACCACAUUGAGCCACCAGAAGCACGACGCUCUCUACCACACACCCCAGAUGUGCUCCACAUGCGACAUGGAAUUCCCGUCAAUGCCCAUGCUCUCCCAUCACAAAACGACCGUAUGUCCCGGCAAGCUAAUCCUCUGCCGCUUCUGCCACCUCCAAGUCCCGCAAGAAGGCGACCCCAACGACCAAUCCCCCGAACUCCUCCUUUCAGGUCUCACACCCCACGAACUAGCAGACGGCGGCCGAACAACCGAAUGCCACCUCUGCAACAAAAUCGUCCGCUUCCGCGACAUGGACACGCACCUCCGGCAUCACGAUCUCGAGCGCCUAUCCCGCCCCCCACCCCGCUUAUGCCGCAACGUAAACUGCGGUCGCACCCAAGACGGCGCAAACAAAGCCGGUGACACCCGAGCCGGGACGCGCAAAGGUCAAGGCCCCGGUAACGAAAUCGGGCUCUGCAGCGUCUGUUUCGGGCCUCUCUACGUCUCGCUCCACGACCCAGAAGGCAAAGCACUGCGUCGCCGUAUCGAGCGUCGUUACCUCUCCCAGCUACUCACCGGCUGCGGGAAAGCGUGGUGCAAGAACGAGUACUGCCGCACUGGUCGGAAAAAUCUAGGCCAGGAAGAUAAAUCCGUUCCGACUAAAGAUGCUAUUCCGCUUGUUAAGCCUUUCCUGCAGGGAAUGGAUGGGAGGGGGUAUGAGACCCCGUUGCACUUUUGCGUGGAUGAGCGGACGCAGAAGUGCAGGACGUUGGCUGAGAUGGUGGCUGCUGAGAAGGGGAUUGAGGGGAAGGGUGGUUAUGGGUUGGAGUGGUGUGUUGCUGCUAUGGAGGCUGAAGGUGGGGAUUUGGAUAAGGCGAGGAGUUGGCUUAAGGGGUGGGCGCCGCAGAGGACGGAGGCUGGAGUGUGA